AUGAAUGUUCUUCAUUUUGCAAUUAAAAACGGAAAUUUCGGACUUGUUCAAUCACUCAUCGAAUGUGGUUGUGAUAAAGAAACAAAGACUAAUGAUGGAUGGACUCCACUCAUUUGUGCAUCACAUCAUGGUCAUCUCGACGUUGUUAAAUAUCUUAUUUCAGUCGGAGCUAAUAAAGAAGCAAAGGAUAAUUUAGGAAUUACUUCACUCAUUAAAGCCUCAUUUCGAGGUCAUCUUGAAAUUGUUCAAUAUCUUAUCUCAGUUGGAGCUAAUAAAGAAGCAAAGGAUAGUGAUGGAUCUACUCCACUCAUUUAUGCAUCAGAAGGUGGUAAACUUGACAUUGUUCAAUAUCUUAUCUCAAUUGGAGCUGAUAAAGAAGCAAAGACUAAUGAUGGAUCUACUCCACUCAUUUAUGCAUCAAAAUAUGGUAAACUUGAUGUUGUUCAAUAUCUUAUCUCGGUUGGAGCUAAUAAAGAAGCAAAGGAUAGUGAUGGAUCUACUCCACUCAUUAAAGCAUCAAAAUACGGUAAACUUGAUGUUGUUCAAUAUCUUAUCUCGGUUGGAGCUAAUAAAGAAGCAAAGGAUAGUGAUGGAUCUACUCCACUCAUUAAAGCAUCAAAAUACGGUAAUCUUGAAGUUGUUCAAUAUCUUGUCUCAGUUGGAGCUAAUAAAGAAGCAAAAGAUAAUUCUGGAUCUACUUCACUCAUUUAUGCAUCACAAAAUGGCUAUCUUAAUGUUGUUCAAUAUCUUAUCUCAAUUGGAGCUAAUAAAGAAGCAAGGAAUCAUAAGGGAAACACAGCUCUUUCAGUUACAUCAUAUAAUCCUAUAUGA